CUAGGGUGGGCGUCAACCGGAGGAGCGAACGUUGGAGAAUAUUGGCGCCAUUUUGUAUUAUACGUAGUGGCUGUUAACAACAUGUGGUCUAGCUUAUUCAACACAAAAGAAGUGUUGGAACCGGAUGAAACAAGCCGUUGUGGAUUACUGAAGAGAAAAUCGCUAUUAGAGCAUGAUGCGCAUAGAAGUUAUCACAAGCAUGAGUCCAAAAGAGCAAACAUGGAACCAAGGAGAUAUCAAGCAGACGAGGCUAAAAGAAGUCAAAGCAGAGACAGAGGGGAGCACAAAGACUAUUAUGGGAACAAGAGAAGAAAAUAUGAGCGUUCAAGGAGGUCGUCUGGUAGAACUGAUUCGGAUGGUGGAAGAUGGGAAUGCGAUGAUGUUUCCCAUUCUCUAGCUCCAAUUAAGGCAUCUGGAUCAAUUAGAUCUUCACCUUCAAGAUCUAGUGGAACGCAGAUGACACACGCUCAAACCAAAAAACGAUCUCAGCGUGCUGCUGAUAAUAACCAGUGGGAAGAAAGACAACUUAUGAGAUCGGGUGCCGUUAGAGAUAAAGAAAUGCAAACUGAAUUUGACGAUGAGGAAGAACGCAAGGUUAUUCUUCUUGUUCAUGAAACAAAGCCUCCGUUUUUGGAUGGAAGAAGUGUGUUCGGUAAGCAAGCAGACCCCAUAAUGCCCGUAAAAGAUCCAACAUCCGAUAUGGCAAUUAUUUCAAGAAAAGGUUCAAAACUUGUUCGCGAAAUCCAUGAAAAACAAAGCAUUAGUAAAUCUCGUCAGCGGUUUUGGGAGCUUGCUGGUUCAAAACUCGGUGAUAUUCUCGGUGUUGAAAAGUCAACAGAACAGAUUGAUGCUGAUACCGCUGUAGUUGGUGAAGAUGGCGAGGUUGAUUUUAAGGAAGAUGCAAAGUUUGCUCAACAUCUUAAAAAAGGCGAAGCAGUAAGCGACUUUGCAAAGUCGAAUUCACUUGCACAACAACGCCAAUAUCUUCCUAUAUUUUCUGUUCGGGAUGAAUUGCUGCAGGUGGUGAGGGAGAAUCAGGUGGUGGUGGUUGUAGGCGAAACUGGUUCCGGAAAAACAACACAAUUAACGCAGUAUUUGCAUGAAGAGGGAUAUACAAAUAAUGGAAUAGUUGGUUGUACUCAACCAAGACGUGUGGCGGCAAUGAGUGUUGCGAAAAGAGUCAGCGAAGAAAUGGAAACCGAACUUGGAGAUCUGGUUGGUUACGCUAUUCGUUUUGAAGACGUGACUGGGCCCAAGACUGUUAUAAAGUACAUGACUGACGGUGUGCUUCUGCGUGAAACAUUGAAAGAUGCUGAUCUUGACAAAUACCGUGUUGUAGUGAUGGACGAAGCCCAUGAAAGAUCAUUAAACACUGAUGUCUUAUUCGGGAUCCUUAAAAAAGUAGUUGCAAGACGUCGAGACUUCAAGCUUAUCGUUACUUCUGCCACCCUCGAUGCACAGAAAUUUUCCAACUUCUUUGGGAGUGUUCCAAUCUUCCGUAUCCCCGGGAGAACAUUUCCGGUUCAAAUUCUGUACAGUAAAAGCCCCUGCGAAGAUUAUGUCGAAGCCGCUGUAAAACAAGCAAUGACGAUCCACAUCACCCGCCCGCCUGGCGACAUACUAAUAUUCAUGACGGGUCAAGACGAAAUCGAAGCCACAUGUUACGCACUAUCAGAGCGUAUGCAACAUCUCGUUUCAACCACAAGCGGAAAAGCGCGCAACCUUUUAAUCCUCCCUAUGUACUCGCAACUCCCAGCCGACUUACAAGCAAAAAUCUUUGAAAAACCCGAAGACGGGGCCCGCAAAUGCAUCGUGGCGACAAACAUCGCGGAGACGUCGUUAACCGUGGAUGGGAUUUAUUACGUUAUCGACACGGGGUACGGUAAAAUGAAGGUGUAUAAUCCUCGUAUGGGUAUGGAUGCUCUCCAGGUGUUUCCUGUCAGCCGGGCUGCUGCUGACCAACGGGCCGGGCGGGCUGGGCGGACUGGGCCCGGGACUUGCUACCGUCUUUAUACAGAAAACGCGUACCUAGACGAAAUGCUUGCGCAACCAGUCCCCGAAAUUCAACGGACUAAUCUUGGAAACGUCGUGUUGUUACUUAAGUCGCUUAACGUCGAAAACUUACUGGAUUUCGACUUCAUGGACCCACCGCCGCAAGAUAAUAUUGUUAACUCGAUGUACCAGCUGUGGGUUUUGGGUGCAUUGAGCAACACAGGUAGUUUAACGAAUGUCGGGUGGAAGAUGGUCGAGUUCCCACUCGAUCCACCAUUAGCCAAAAUGCUUCUAAUAGGAGAACGGUUUAAAUGUCUAAACGAAGUUGUUACAAUCAUCUCGAUGCUUUCGGUCCCGUCCGUAUUUUUCCGACCCAAAGACCGAGCAAAGGAAAGUGAUGACGCUAGAGAGAAGUUCUUCGUGUCGGAAUCCGACCAUUUAACGUUACUGAACGUAUACCAACAGUGGAAAGCUAACGAAUACCGCGGAGACUGGUGUAACGAUCACUAUCUACAAUUAAAGGCGCUUCAAAAAGCCCGGGAGGUUCGAUCGCAACUGUUAGACAUAUUAAAAACGCUAAAGAUUGGGCUGUCCUCAUGCGGGCCAAAUUGGGAUAUUGUACGGAAAGCAAUCUGUUCGACUUAUUUUCAUAACGCUGCAAGAAUGAAAGGUGUGGGGGAAUAUGUGAACUGUCGGAACGGAAUGCCGUGCCAUCUGCACCCGAGCUCGGCUCUUUACGGGUCGGGGGACAUGCCGGAUUAUGUGGUGUACCAUGAGCUUAUACUGACGACGAAAGAAUACAUGCAAUGUGUGACUUGUGUCGACCCACGGUGGUUAGCUGAACUGGGGCCGAUGUUUUUCUCGGUUAAGGAUUCGGAUACAUCGAUGUUGGAACAAACAAAGAAGCGAAAAGACGAGAAGUCGGUCAUGGAAGAGGAAAUCGAGAGGUUGAUAAAAGAAGAGGCGGAAGCAGAGAUGAGAAAAAAGGCGGAGGAGAGGGAGAAGAUGAAGAAACGACAACAGACAAUCUGCAUGCCGGGAUGGAAGCAAGGUUCUUCGACGUAUCCCCAACAUAAAAGACCGGGUUUGUGAAGUGUUAUUACCCUGAGAUCUAUGUACGUAGAUUUUAAAAGACUUGGUUUUGCUAUCCAAAAAGGGGUAGCGGCGCAGCUUGUUGCCCGUUUACCAACUAUCUCGAUGUAAAGAUCGUUUAAACGUUAUAAAAUUCAAAUUUGAUAAAAAGUAAA